GGCAGCCUGUGGCAUUUCCUAGCUUACUUUUGGUGGACACGGAUGUCUGCACGUCUGGCUCUGGCACACCUGUCUCUAGCGCGAGUUGUAUCACCUUAUGGGUGUCAAACCCUCUCAUAGUGUACAAAAGCGUUCUCUGUCGUACUAAUUGUACGUUUGGAAAGGCCUGGCAGUGACCAGCUUUCCUUUGGUGGCCCUCAACCCUUCAAGAUUGAUUUAAAUCCUUCUUUGUCUGAUCCAGUUGGUGGUCCCUUGUGUGGUGACCUGCACAUUGCACCUUAACCUGCAACCUUCUGGAGCAGGGCUGCAGGACAUUCCUGAAGAGGUGUGGCAACAGCUGGGGCAACCUAGCCUUGUCACGCACGUUCUUAGUGGACACCUAUCUCAAGAAGUCGACAGUUGCACAGCUGUACCAAUUGUCACGUGCAUAAUAAUGCAGUGUCUGUAAUUUCACAAUGGUAUUCGGUGAAGCUGCCUUCCCCCUUCAAAAUGGAGCGGUGUGUCGGAACUGGGAAAGGGGCCCUGAUCUCGGAUCAGAAAGGGGCUUCCCCAGAUCUAGGGAAAGCGGCUGGAACUUCAAUCAAAAUGAAGAAUUUAAUGAAAAGUUCAGUGGAACACACACUUACAGUUACAGUGACAGUAACAUGCAAGUGGAAACUGAAACUGCAAGUUCGGUGGGUGCUGACUUCAGUAAUUCUCUGAACUCUGCUCCAUAUCCUUCCUCUUCGAUGGCAUUCUUUGACCUGAGUCCACCCCCAGCAGACGGUAAUUCACAGUCUGACCAGGUUGAAGACUUGUUCGAAUUGGAUGGGUCUACUACACAGUGUGAUUCUGUAAAAGAUUCAAAUUGCUUCAUUUCCGCCACAUCUGAACCAAGCCUUUGCAGACCUAAGCGCCUGCUAUCUCCUUCCGACUUUCUCGUCUCUGCCAGUGAACAAAAAUCAAGUACACAAGUAAAUACAAGCUCUACAAACUUCCAACCUAUUUUUGAUCCUGUACCCAGCAUGCCUUGGAAUGAUGACUUUGAGAUUCCCCCAGAUAUUCUGGAGCAGAUGUGUAAACUUUUACCAGACUCUGACUUACCUGACAAUGGCAAUCCAAGUUCCACAGAGCUGGACAUGUACCUCGGUGAGCAAGACCUUUUAAGUGGCGCUCUUGAUAAGGCUGGCAUCUUGGACCAAGAGGAGUUCGAGGUAGCACCUCCAUCUGAAGCAGAAAGAUUUGCCAAAUCAGAACUGCCCACUGAAGGAGCCAAAGCCAUCUCCCAAGUAAGCAUUCAACAGGAUCAGCUCAAUGUUCCACAAGGUCAAACAAGCGGCCACUGGCUUGGGUCAGAUUCAGCGGAGAAACCCGAACUUCCUUCAAGGAUGGAUGGGUGUAAUUCUAUGUCAAGAGCACUUAAAUAUGAGACAGUGGAGGGAUUUGAAGUUUUGGUUGCAUCUCCAUCACCUGCGUCUGGAGUAUCGAAUGAGAGUACAGCAUCCUCUAGUGUUGGUCCGAUUAGAGGAACUAGACAGAGAAGGAACUCUAGAAAGCCUCUCAGGUUCAGGGACACGGUUCCGUGCGACGAUCUUGGCAUAACCCAAGAAAUGGAACUUCCUGUGGCCUCUCCAUCGGAACCUGUAGCUACGAUUUCUGGUCACACUACAAGGCAUGGCAGACGGUCAUUGCUUGAACUCACAGAACAAGAGAAAUAUCAAAGAAUAAGAGAGUUAAACAAUAUGGCAUCUAAAAAGUGUAGGCAGAAGAGAAAAGCUACAGUCAAGGAGAUGGAAGAGCAACUUGUAACACUUAAAGCAAGAAAUGAUCAAUUAAAAAAGAAAGAAGCAAAUCUCAGAAAAUUAAGAGACAAAGUCCAGAUGUUUGUUAAUGACUAUUUUAGAAAACGAUUGACCUCGGAUAACAUGAAUUAAUAGUUGUUUUUUUAAAGUAAUAAUAAUGUACAAAUUUUAUAUUGAAUUAUGUCCAUUGUAAGCAAAGUUUUAGAUUUAGUACAGUACUGAACUAAUUUAUAUUUUGCCUUGCGAUUGUAGACACACCAUUCAGGAAUGUGAUAUGAUUGCAAGCACAUAAUGCAACAACACCGGUACCAGUGAUUAAUAUAUUACCAUGUGGUUUUAUGAUAUAUACAGUAUAUACAUAUUUAUUUUUUAUCGUGUUAAGAUAGUUGAAAAUGAUAUAAUAGUAUGAUUUUAGACAAUAAAUAUUUGAAAAGA